UUUGUCAGUUGAUUAUGAGUGAUGAAAAAAUAUUGGACUUGGGUUUCCUGUGGAAGUAGUCCUCAGUCUUCCAACAUAUUUGARAGUAACGCCUGAUCGAAUACUGUUUUCUACGUGUCAAAAUAUUUCAUGUUGUUUUGUUGGUAAAAUAAUUUGUAAAUGUCGCAUGAAAUCGAAAAAUGAGGAUGAAAAUCAUCACUCCAAGAAACUUARUCGUAUUUUCUAUGUUUAUGGGGUUUUUAGGGCUAAUUUGGAUAGUAUUACACUGUUCAAAAGAUCCACAGUGGUCCCAGGAAUUCAGUCGACAAAUAUAUGACUCAAAUUUACAAAGUAUGAAGGCCAGAGAACUUAUGAUUAAGAAGAAAGAAAAAUAUAUAMUGGAAAAACUAAAAAUACUUGGGAUUGCAAAUAAGAAUUUCUUUUCAGAGACUGUACCAGUUAUUUUUAUCCUGACUCCUACUCAUACGAGACUAACUCAAAAAGCUGAACUUACGAGAUUGUAUCAGACAUUGCUACAUGUUCCAAGAAUACACUGGAUUGUUAUUGAGGAUUCAAAUGAAAAGACUGACUUGGUCAAAAGAUUUUUGAAAAGGUGCUUGAUUACAUACACUCAUCUUAAUAUCAGAACAAGGAAUGAGUUGAUACGAGGGGAGAAUGAUCCAAGAUGGUUGAAGAAUAGAGGAGUUGAGCAAAGAAACCUUGCAAUUGAAUGGAUUAGGGACAACUUUGAUCCUCAAAAUGGAGAUGGUGUUGUUUACUUUGCUGAUGAUGAUAAUACUUAUGAUUUAAGAAUAUUUGAAAUGAUGAGGUACACCAGAAAGGUUUCGGUUUGGCCCGUUGGACUUGUAGGAGGUUUAAAAUGGGAAGGCCCAAUAUGUAAGGAUGGGAAAGUAGUACGUUUCCACACGGAUUUUGAGCCAGAACGACCACUACCAUUAGACAUGGCAGGCUUUGCUAUUAAUGUCAAGCUUUUGAUUAAUAAUCCUGAUGUUAAUUUGGAUGUGUAUGCUAAGAGAGGUUAUGUUGAAUCUUCCAUYGUGGGGCAGCUGGUAAAAACAGAAGAAUUGGAACCAUUGGCAGAUAAUUGUAAAAUGGUUCUCGUGUGGCACACCCAGACUGCCACACCCAAGAUGAAAAGAGAGAGAAAACUUCAAAAACUAAACAAAGGUUCAGACUCAAGAAUAGAAGUUUAGCAAAUAAUGAAAGAAAUACAAAUAUUUAUGUACAAAUGAAAUAUAUAUAAUAAGAUAUAAAGAUAUAAAAUAAAAGCCAGAGUUUUUCCACAGAUGACGUCACGAUACUCUAGUUUCAAGUUCUCUUUGCUCAGCCUUAGUCUUGGUCGUGCGUUAUAAUAUAUCAGCUAUUCAACCAAAACCCGUGGCAUUUUAAUCAAAUCGUAUAGUUCCGUAGCACGUACAUUCCUUAGGUACUGUACAAUGAAGAAUGCAUUUGUACACAAUCGAGGCUAAGACUGAGCAAAAACGAACUCGAAAUGGGAGUAUUGAAAUGCGGAAAAGCCUAGCCCAUUGCAUACGCUAAUAUGCWGCAAUAUUAUUUUGUAGUCUUGCUGUUUUCAAUUUAUGGAAGAACUAUGGUUAUUAUUAUU